GAGCGGUGCCUUGGCGGGAGCGCCCUGGAGCUCGGCGCACAUGCACGCCCACCAGCGCCCGGAAGAUGAGCAGGCUGCUCCUGGGGGUGACCCUGGAGAGGAUCUGCAAGGCCGUGUUGCUGCUGUGCCUGCUGCACUUCGUCAUCAUCAUGAUUCUCUACUUCGACGUCUACGCCCAGCACCUGGACUUCUUCAGCCGCUUCAAUGGCAGGAACUCCUCCCGGGCCCAGUCCUCCAACUCCUCCCGGCCCAACAGCACCGCCCCCAGCUGUGGGCCGGCCGGCGCCGACCCAGCCUCCAGCGCCAACCGCUCCGGCACUGAGAAGCCCUUACCACUCUGCCAGGAGGUGCCACCUGGCUUAGUUGGCCGGCUCCUCAUCGAGUUCAGCUCACCCAUGAGCAUGGAGCGGGUGCAGCGGGAGAACCCAGACGUGCGGGAGGGUGGCAAGUAUGUGCCCCCGGACUGCCAGCCCCGCCAGAAGGUCGCCAUCCUCAUCCCCUUCCGCCACCGGGAGCAUCACCUGCGCUACUGGCUGCACUACCUGCACCCCAUCCUGCGCCGGCAGAAGGUCGCCUACGGCAUCUACAUCAUCAACCAGUACGGCGAGGACACCUUCAACCGGGCCAAGCUGCUCAACGUUGGCUUCCUGGAGGCCCUGAAGGACGAGGACGACUACAACUGCUUCAUCUUCAGCGACGUGGACCUGGUCCCCAUGGACGACCGCAACCUGUACCGGUGCUACGAGCAGCCGCGGCACUUCGCCAGCGCCAUGGACAAGUUCAGCUUCAGGCUGCCUUACGCUGGCUACUUCGGGGGCGUCUCAGGCCUGAGCAGGUCCCAGUUCCUGAAGAUCAACGGCUUCCCCAACGAGUACUGGGGCUGGGGAGGCGAGGACGACGACAUCUUUAACCGGAUCUCUCUGAACGGCAUGAAGGUGUCGCGUCCCAGCGGCCACAUCGGGAGGUACCGCAUGAUCAAACAUGAGCGCGACAAACACAACGAGCCCAACCCACAGAGGUUCACCAAGAUCCAGAACACCAAGGUGACGAUGAAACGGGACGGGAUCAGUUCCCUGCAGUAUCAGCUGGUGGAGGUGACGCGCUGGCCCAUGUACACGAAUAUCACAGUGGACAUCGGCAAGCCGCCCCCACGCCCGGCCCGGGGCUAGCAUGAGGCUGGAGCCCAGGGCUGGCUGGAUGCAGAGGAGCCUUGCCGUGGCCCCGGGGUGUGGAUUGAACCAGGACGUGUUCGGCCCACUCUGCCUGCCUUCUGGACAUGGCUGCGCCCCAGAAUCCCCCCUCACCGCACAGCAGUUAGCCCUGCCCCGCGGGUCGGGGCCAACGCAGCAGCAGCCCCCCACUAUCCAAAACAGCCCUAGCCAGGGGCUUGGGGGAGCUUCAGGCUCUGGCUAACGAGCUCCCCCCCUUUACGAGGAGAUCCAAGCACUGAACUCCUCCUCUGCGCUGUGGUCCUGGGCUGGGUGGGCCACUCCGUCGCCGCCCUGACUGGCUCAGUCUGGGCCAGCGGCAGCAGGGGCCCUGUGCCCCAUGGCUUCAGCUCUAGCUGGGCCAGGGCUCGGUCUGUGGUGCUCGCAGGGCUCCCGUGGGGCAGCGGGGCUGGGAGAGGGGCCAGUGUGGCUCCCUCCCACCCUGCCACGGGGGAUGCCUUCUCCCAGUGGGGCACAGGACUCUGAGCAGCCCCUCUCACUGUCUUCCUCGGCCGUCUCAGCUAGUGCUUAGAGCCCAGGCCAGGACACCUGGGUCCUAGUCUCAGCUCUGCCCCCCUUGUGCCUCAGUUUCCCCCUGCCAGGGUCUCAUGGGCUGGCCCCUCCUGCACACUGCAGCUGGGUGUGUGGAUGUACUGUAUCCUGGGGGCUUCAAAGGGACUAUUUCCAUCCUGGCCCUGCCUGUGGGC